AAAAUACCUAGCCAUUAUCCGAACAGUGGUGGUAUCGCAUCGAUCCGACGCGCAGGAGUUUCUCUCUAGAAAGUACCGCAAGUCAGUUGUGCUCGCGCAUCGCAUACCUUGCAUACAAAUACAGAGUUACCUUUGGAAGUAUCGACAUAGGGUAUCGGAAACCGAUCAUUUGAAUUUGGUCCCUAGAGCUGUGGAGUUGAACGAACUUUAUUCAAAAUGACGAAAAUACUUGCGGUGUUUGUUGUUCUGUGUGUUAUUGCGUUUGGUUCAGGCGAUGCAUCCAGAACCAACCGGCAUUUCAACAAUAGAGAAGACAAUUCAAUGGAUGUUACCGAUUUUUCUAUUUACUAUGACAUCGAUUCGAAUACGACAAUUAGAAAAAUGAUGCCUCGUCCCUGGUACCAGCCUGGCUGGCGUCUGCGACUUCCCUUCAGAGGCGGGAAGUGCACCUGCGAAGAACUCAAGUGCAACUGCUGUUCUGGAAUGCGUAUACCAGCUUUCAAUUUCGACAGGCAAACCUGUGCUGAGCUGACUUUUGAUCCUUCAGAAGGAUAUUUGGAUCUUAAUGUGAAGAUGAACAACGAGAGCAUUUUCCACAAAUCCUAUUCAGCAACAAACCCGCCGCCAUUCUGCAUCCCUAUCCCGAUUCCUUACGUGCCCAUCAACAUCUUGGACAUGUGCAUCAGACUGUUUGACAUCACUAUCGACUUUACUAAGAUGCAUGUCUGCAUGGAUUGGGACACGAGAGUCGACAAAGCUCCAGUUUUGAUUCUUCACUUCGAUUGCAUGGACUUGGGUCUCGGUGGAAUUAGCCUUACGAAGCCAAAUACAAAUCAAAUAACUGGAGGAGGAGCAAAUGAGCCUCCGCAACUAAACGGCGAUGUGUAUGAUCCCGUUACUGAAAAUGCCCCUGCAUCCACCCAACAUCCUGUAUUCAACAAUAGUGUCAAAUAUAUUUAAUUUAUGAAUUUAA